AUGCACGGCCCGAGUAGCACAGUGGCCUGCGCGCUGUGGUUGACAUGCGUGGCGCUACUGCUGGGGGCCGAAGCGGCCGCUCCGGGGGCCCGCCGUCACGAUAGACGCGUCCGGCCAGGGUCGGCGGUGGCCGCUGACCGGUCCGCCAACAACGCCGCCGCCGGCGCCGCGAUGGACGCCGACGACUACGACCGCGACAACUACGACGAAGACUACGAAGACAGUGGAGAUUCCCAAAAGCGGCCGCCACCACCGCCGCCGCCUCCACCACCGCCGAAAACGUCUGCGUCACUCACCCCCGACCAACGUGAAUCGAUAAACAAAUCUUUAUUGGACUCUUAUCCCCCAACUUUACUACCACCUGUACAACCACCUUACGAAAAACACCCCACAGAAUCUCACCAGCCAGAGCAGUACCCAAGUGAAAUAAUAGAAGAUCCAACUACUCAACGAUCUGAUCAAGAACCAGAAAUACCAGAAGAACCACCAGAAGGACCAGAUGAACCACCAGAAGUACCAGAAAUACCAGAUGAACCACCAGAAAUAUUGGACAAACCUCAAGAAAGACCAAUAGAACUACCAGAAACGCGAGUAGCACCUCAGGAAAGUCCAGAAAAUGCUACGGAAGGACAAAAAGAGUUCAUAGAAACAACAGAAGAAACUACAGAAAGGUCGGAGGAACCCUCAGAAAGGCCAGAAGAGCCCAUGGAAAUACCUGAAGCACCCAUAGAAACUCCAGGAGAACCUACAGGAAGUCCAAAAGAGUUCACAGAAAGGCCAGAUGAACCAACAGAAAGGCCAGAAGAGCCCAUAGAAAUACCAGAAGAACCCACUGAAAUUCUAGAAAAACAAGCUGAAAAUCCAGAAGAACCCACCGAAAAACCGCAGAAAUUCAAGAGAGUCUCAACGAUUUGA